UCUUGACGAAAUGCCCCAUCCGAAUCCUACGGCCGCACGAGCCGCCGUCACUUCCCUUUCCCGAGCAGCUCAAUCGGCCAAAGCACGCCCAGUCUCCGACGCCACCCACCGCGAUCCCCGCUGCCUCAGCGCCGUCAUCUCCGGCCUCGCCCUCGACGGCCGCCCGCUGGAAGCUCUUCGCCUCUUCAAAUGGUUCCAGAUCUCCGCCCUCGACCCCGACGAGUUCACCCUCUCCAAUGCGCUCUCGCUCUCCGCCAAUCUCAGCGCGCUGGACCAGGGACGGCAGAUUCAAGCUUUCAUCUUCAAGAAGAAUCUACCCAUGGACGUCGCCGCCACCAACUCGCUCAUCAAUCUCUACUUCAAGUGCGGCAGCGUCGCCGACGCGGAGAAGGUGUUCGACGGUAUGCUUCUGAGAGAUGUCUACACUUGGACUGCGAUGGUCUCGGGCUACGCACACAGCGGAAAAUUAGAAAGGGCCAUGACUUUUUUCGAGACGAUGCCCGCUAGAAACACUGUUUCUUGGAACUCGAUGAUCAAUGCUUAUCAGAGAGAAGGGUGUCAUGAGAUGGCAUUGGAAUUGUUUUCCAUAAUGAAGACGCAAGGAGAGGCCUUGAGUGAGCUAACAUUUGUUGCGGUUCUGAAGGCAUGUGCAAGUCUUCAACAAUUGAAUUACGGUGAGGGAGUUCAUUGCUGCUUAGUCAAAUUGGGAUGGGUGAGGAGUAUGCUCGUUGGGAGUGUGUUGAUGGAUAUAUAUACAAAAUGUGGUGGUUUACAAGAAGUUCAGAAAGUUUUCAAUGAUAUUGGCGAGCAUAAUGUUAUCUCCUGGUCUAUCUUAUUGGGAGGGUAUGCUCAGAAUGGGAGCAUUUUGGAGGCUGAGGUGAUAUUUAAAGAGAUGCCGGAAAAAAAUGUGCGAACAUGGAAUUUAAUGAUUGAUGGUUAUGUGCGGAACGGGAUGCUUGACAACGCUUUUGAACUGUUUGUUGAUAUGUUGAAAGUUGGCAUGAAGCCAAAUAGCUUUACCUUUACGAGCCUCAUAAGUGGAUGCUCAAAUCCAGAACAUACAAGAAUUGGCAAGAAGUUUCACGGCUAUGUGGUCAAAGGAGGCCUGGAAUCAGAGACUCCAGUAUGCAGCUCCUUGAUUACAAUGUAUGGUGAACACAGAAAUAUUGGUGAUGCUUGUUCAAUUUUUGACAUGAUGGUUUCUCGUGAUGUAGUUUCAUGGACAGCUAUGGUUGCUGCUUACAUCUCUUAUGGGAAUCUAGAUGCAGCUCUUGACAUCUUUGAUAGAAUGCCAAGUAAGAAUCUAAUAUCAUGGAACACAAUGAUGUUUGGCCAUUUGCAGAAAUGUCGAAGCUUGGAGUUCAACUCUCUCAAUGUGAUGAGGAACCCACCUGCUCUGCUGUUCUUCUAUCGUAUGGAAAAAUCAUCUGUCAGAGCCAACCACUUCUCCUACAACUGUGCCUUGAGUGUUUGUGCUAACAUUGGUGCUCUAGAACAAGCCAGAGCAAUCCACUGUAGGACUGUGAGAAGAGGAUAUGAAUCUGACCUGGGAGUAGGCAAUGCUUUGAUCACUGUUUAUGGAAAAUGUGGAGCUCUUGAUGAUGCUGAAGUAUCUUUUAAAUCCUUGAUAUAUCCUGACAUGAUAUCUUGGAAUGCCUUGUUGACAGGGUAUUCACAAAAUGGACAUGGAGAUAAAGUUCUUGACAUCUAUGAGAAAAUGCAGAAAUCAGAAGUUGCACCAAAUCAUGUCACUUUCAUAAAUUUACUUUCUGCAUGCAGUCAUCUGGGAAUGAUAGAGAAAGGCCUGGAGUUCUUCAAACGGAUGGAGAAAGAUCACAAUGUUAAACCCACAAGGGAGCACUACACUUGUAUCGUAGAUCUCCUUGGUCGAGCUGGUUAUCUGAGAGAGGCUGAAUCUGUUAUUGGAAAUAUGCAAAUAGUACCUGAUGCAGUGGUGUGGGGAGCACUACUGGGGGCUUGCAAAAUGCAUGGAGAUCCUGAGAUGGGUAAACGAGCAGCUGACCAAAUUGUUCUUCUGGAACCAGAUAACAGCUCCGCUCUUGUUGCAUUGGCUGAAACAUUUGCAGCUGCAAAUAUGUGGAAAUAUGUAGUUGAAGUGAGAACAUUAAUGAAGGAAAAGAAGCUUCUUAAGGAGCCAGGAAUCAGCUCAAUUGAGAUAAGAAAUCAAUCUUGCAUGUUUCUGUCUGCUGAUCCUUGCAGGCAGGAAAAGGAUUGCAUCCAUGACAUGUUGAAUAGCCUUUAUGGUAACAUGAUUGAAGGAAACUAUACCUUAGAUUCUGAACUUGUGGCUUUUGGUUGACUGUGGUAUAAUUUAUUCAAUAGAAAGGCUGAUCAUAUAGAAGUGCAAUUAAGAAGGGACCACGGAAAACCAUUUGAAUGUGAUCUUGGGAGAAUAAAGAUUCUCCACCGGCUGUGACAAUAACAGGAUAUUUUUCUUAACCACGACUUCAACAGUGAGUUUGCAGGAUUCCUCUCCUCAUGGUCAACUGAAUCAGAUACCUAUUCUUGGCGGCUCACCAUCACUCUCAGAAUGAUACAAAAUCACACCAGCAUCAUGGGGUAAAAGUUAUUAUACAAAGAACAACUGAGUUUCCUCUAUAACAUUGAAAUGGAAUUAGGAGAUGCUCGGUGUUCCAAAAUAUUCAACAAAUAGCUUGCUUGUUUGUGUGAUCUUUUGAACUUAGAACGUGACUAGCAGUAACUUCUCUGGAAGGUGAUUUAUCUAUCUGCUUAUUCCUGCCAAAAUGCCUUGAUCCAAUCAACUUCUUUGAUUUGUGGCUGUUAGCUAGCUGAGGGGGACACUUGGGAAGGGUUUAAUCUUGUAGAGAGAAAUGAACAUCAGGAGGUAUGUUGAGGUGCACAUCAAUCAUGUUAUUGAUAGUUGACAUUGCAUAUGCCCAGUAUGAAUGUCAAAACUUGUGUGAGAUUGAUUUCUUAGUAUUACUCUGUCAACUCCUCCAUUUUUGUGUGGCAACAUUCGCCCCUUAAAUACAGCUGUCCAUGUAAUUUUGAUGCUUCUAUGUUAGGAUGUUAUGUGUUGAUAGAACUAUGAAGAAUUCAUUUUUGAAAACAGUCCAAGUGAAUCUGUC